GCGGCGCCGGCGCCGCCGGGGCCCGUCGCGCGGCUGAUCGGCGCGGCGGCGGCGCUGGCCCCGGCGCUCAGCUUGGAUACGGUGCCUGAGGCGAUGCAGCUGCAGUCUGCUCGCAGCCUGGGGUCGAUCCUCAACCAGCUCGAAGGCAUGGACGACGCCGUGCUGAUGAGCACGGACAUGGGCAUGCCCAACAGCGAUCUGAACGUGCGAACCUCGGACCUGCAGAUCGGGUCCGAGGAGAUGCUGCGGCACGUGCCGACGCCAGAGGAGGCGACCGCGGCGCGCAACACGGCGUGGCUGUGA